CAGAGCGGCGGCGCCAUGGGGGAGAGGGGCGACGGCGGGCACAGCGAUAGCGACGGCACCGUCGUGGACGGAUCUGUGACGGAGAGUGAUGUGGAGGAAGAGGAGUUCCGUAGGAGGAGGUGGUCUUUUUCUAAUAUGGACAUGGCUUUAACAACUGAAAUAAGAAUUAAUGAAGGAGCUCCUUCUCCAGAAAUCUGUUUUAUGCAGAAAUUUUAUGAUCACACAUACGGUCAGAAGGCAGAACAGAUAAAUCCAAUACCUCAGGAGGCAUAUGCAUCUGACCAGUCUCAGUCUCUACUGCAGGGUUGGAUAAAGUGUCCAUCACUUACCGAAAAUAUUUCUAAGCCUGGUUUUUCACUAGAUGCUGCAGUAGAGGGACAGCAAAAUAAUUCUGUAGAUACCAAAUUGGAUGGAUUUCAGAAAGAUUCAGAAGGAAAGAUUUCACACAAGUUAAGUAAUGAAGAUCUCUAUCCAGAAAUAAGCCUCUUUCUGGAUGCCCCUCCGGAGGAUAUAAUAUUGGUUCCAAUGGAACAGACACCACAAGAUAGAUUUCCACAUGUUUUAGAAGAUUGCCAGAGAACCUGCAUGACCAUCAUUGACACAGAUAACACAGUGAAAGAACAUUCCCCUAAUAAUGAUACAGAUCUUUCACUGACAUCCCCAGGGAAGAUUUUCGUGGAAGCAUUCACUGAACAGAGUAUAGAGACUGGUAAAUUUGAAAUCAGUGAUUUGUUGAGAUCCCUCAGUGAUUCUGAGAGUCUUAAAAUGAUAAACCCAUUGCCUGAUGAGCGUCAGGGUCGUGCCUUUGACAUUGAUCCAUCAGCAGAUGAGAGCAGUGAUGCCCUGCCAGCACAGCUUGUGACAGCUCUGAAUGCCUUGUCAGGUUCUGUAGUACAACCUGUCACUCCUGUAGUGCCAGAUGAGAGACAGCUUAACACCGAGGGAGAGCAGUUAAAUUCAGAACCCAGUAUUCCCCAGUUAGAUGAUGACUGUACACAAAUAACAACCACGAUUCAGCCUCAACUUUCUACAAUUGAGGUGGAAGAAAUAAAAGCCUUAAGAGGAUCUGACUUGCAGAGGACAACAAAUGAGCAACCUGUAGGUGAUCAGCAGAGAGAGAAAGAAGUAAUUUCAGGUUACUGGGGUGCCACUUCUAGUGAAAAGCAAACUGGUGAGGGAAGUUCACAUUCAGCGGAGGCUGCAACAUUUGCAGAAACAACCCAAACAUCAUCAUGGAAAGCGAUGCAGUUAAGAGAGAUGUCCUCAAGAAAGCACAGAGAUAUUUCCAGUCAUUGCCAAAUACUAGAAGACAUUCAGCAGGGGAUGUCUCACGCUGGCAGUACAAGAAGAAACAAAGCUAAGGAUUUUGAUAAAAUUCAGAAAUCUACUUCUAAAGACAAGCAGGAUCUAGAAACCAACAUAUGCCAAGAAAUAACUCUGAAUGAGGAUAGAAAAGCUAAGGAGAGAAGAAGGAGCAGGAGAAUUGAAAACAAACGAAGACAAGAAGCUUUUGGUAGGAAUUCUGUAAAUCGUCUUUGCCCCCUUUCACUGUCAACAAUUAAUAGGAGGAAUAUUUAUGGUGAGACCUUACUGCAUAGAGCUGUUGCUUGUCAAGAUGUAGACCUUGUACGUAACAUAAUAAAAGCCAGUGGAAAUGUAAAUGUUCAGGAUUAUGCUGGCUGGACUGCACUACAUAUAGCAAGUGUGGAAGGCUUUUAUAGGAUAGCAAAUGAACUUUUGAAAGCAGGAGCUAAUGUUAAUGCUAGAGGAAAUGAACAAAUAACACCAUUGCAAGAUGCAGUUAAAGAAGGCCAUUAUGAGAUGGCAGAGUUAUUACUUUGGUAUGGAGCUGAUCCCUUAUUAAAAAAUGAGAUGGAAAGGUGUGCAUUAGAAGAAGCUUCUGACCCAUCUAUGAGGAAACUGCUUAAAAGCUAUGUAGCAAAAUCCAGAAGAGAUCCACUAUCAGGUGGAGAUGAUUCAGAGAAUAUGUUAAAUUCUCAAAGUGUAGAUGAUACAAACCUGCUCCAGAUGUCCUUACAGACCGAUGAGUCAGAACCAGCGUGUGCAAAUCUUAUGGAUUCAGACAGCACAGUCAUAUUGCAACAGACUAUUGUAAAUGAGGUGCAAAACACUUAUACUAAUAUAUCUGAAGAUGAAACCAGCUGCACUGAACAGACACUUCAAGCAAAUGCAGAAACACUGUUAGCACAUGAGCUUUUAGCAGCUACUAAUGGAGAAAGUGUUUCUGAAAGUAAUAAUUCUACUAGUGGUAUACUAAGCACCAUUGAACCAGAAAAAGGAGGGAGGAUCCUGCUUAAUGCAGAACGUGUUGAAGGAUGUCACAUUGAAACUGAAAAUACUAGUAGUUUAGAGAUUGAGCCUGUAGCUGUACAAUUCCAUGAAAAGGACACACUUCAAAUUAGAUCAAAGAGAGACAAUCUUCAGGAGACCAACUCAAAAGGAGAUUUGCGUUUCGGUGUUAAUGCAGACAGCAACUCUCCUUACUCAUUUCAAAUUGUGGAAAAUGUACAGAAAGAAGCCUCCCAGAAAACAGAUGAAGGAGUGUUUGCUGGAGUAAAUGGAACAAAAGGCACUGAAAAAAAUGGAGAAGAAGGAAAUGCAAAGGCCAACAUGCUUUCACAGUUUACUGAAACAAAAGAAGUCCAAACUAAAAGAGUAAGACUGGACCCUCAGGAGACAAGCCCAAGGGCAGCUUCAUAUUCCAGUAGAAGCAAAACCAAGCUUUCAUCUAAUCAAUCACAAUUCAGUCAAGCAUCAGAACAGCAAACAUCCAAGACAUCAGAAUCCUCCCUAUCUACCAGAAAAGAAGCUGUAAUUUUGCAUGGUACCUGUAAUACAAGAUCUGGGAAAAAGAUGAAAAUUAAGAGAAAUGCAAAAGGGGAAACUCAGCUGCAUAUUGCUGCUAGGAGAGGAGAUUUGUCUUUGGUGAAAACUCUAUUGUCAUCUGGAAUUUGCGUCAAUGAACAGGACUAUGCAGGUUGGACAGCAAUUCAUGAAGCUUCCAAUAUGGGAUUUACUGAAGUGAUCUUAGAAUUAUUGAAAGCUGGUGCUGAUGUUAACAGCAGAAGUCUGGAUGGUAUUUUGCCAAUACAUGAUGCUGUUUCUGGCAAUUAUUUGGAGGCAGUUAAGAUUCUACUACAGCAUGGAGCGAAUCCCUGUGAGAGGGAUGAUUCAGGCGAAAGUGCUUUGGAUAAAGCUUGUGAUGAUGAAAUGAAAGAACUGCUGAAGUCUUACAGUGCUAUGGACUCUGUACUUCCUGUUGAGACUAUUGAAGUUACAGAGAGGAAAUAUCCUUCUAGGUCAAGAAGAUCAAAGCGUCAUUGUUGCAGCUCCUGUAAAAAUGAUGAUGCAGCUUUGGAGCAACAACAUGAGAACUACAGUGUGUCCGUUGCUGCCAUACAAGAUGCAGAAAAGAAGCAAAAAGAACUGUUACUGCUUGAAUUGAGAACUGCCAAAGAUGCAGAUGUGUAUAUCCGAAGGCUGUCUCAGAUGCAAGAUACUUUGAAUGAAAUGCUUGCAAAACAGAAAGCAGAAAGGGAUAGCCUUGCUAAAAAAUACAGAGCUUCAGUGGAAUCUUUUAAAAAUGGAGCACUGAAGAAACAAUUAGUUAACCUUGCUUCUAGGCAAAAGAAUCUGUUGACUGUUGCCCAAAACCAGGAAGAAUUAUUCCAUAAAAUACAAAAUUACAGAAAAACAAAACAAGUGUUCAACGCAUCAUGUUCAGAGAAGCAAAUCUCAAACUUAGAUAUUUCCUGUGAAAAUUAUAAAAGACCAAGUUUAACUGCUGAUGAAAUCAUGUGUCCUGAUGUAGUUACAUUUAGUAUGGGGCUUGGUGCCAGCAUGCCUAAUGGAAACAGAGUAGAAGCACAUCUCUCUUUCGAAAAUAGAUUUUCAGCUCAGGAAUGCAGCCAACAUACACGCAUCUGCUUGGAUGAGACAGGGGCAAAUAAAGAAGCAAUUAGAAGCAAAGAGGCUUCUGAUCAUGCUUUGGCAUCCGAAAACAGGGCAAGAGAAUAUCCCUUCAAUAACACGUCAAAGCUGACAAAUGCUGUAGAAGUGGUGACACUGCCUUUACCACCUGCUGUUUCCAAUACUAAGACAAAGUGCUUACAGCAAAAAUACAUUGAUUGUGUAGCAAUUGCAGAACAAGGAAACAAGUCUUUAAAUCCCACUUCAGUGCCCAAUGCAUUAAAUAUUGUAGAACCCCGAAGCACUGUUGUCAAUAACGAUGUCUGUCAGCCAGGCAGUGACUGCUGGCAAGUUCUUACAGAGGAGGAUCUACACAGAUAUGUACAAAAGAAGGAAGCUUUCCAGCAGCAGCAGCAAGUAAUUUUGUCAACAUCUACAAAGAACUUCCCUAAUACUCUGCAGCAAGUGAUCUUUCGGAGUAAUGAGAACUCAUGUAAUGCCAGCUCGGUGCUUACAAAUCUUACUUCAAAUACAGAUUAUCCAGUAAACCUCAGCGAGAAAUCUUCUCAGAGCUAUAGCAAUCAGGAAUUUGAACAAAAACAAGUGAGAUAUGGAAGAAAAAGUAGGAAAAAGCUUCAAUUGAUAGAUCUACUUGAAUUGGGAAGGAUUAAGCCAGGAGAAGAUGUUUUAGAAUUCAAACUGCAGGAAUUUAGUCAUAAAGCCACACUCUUAAACAAUGGCAAGAUCAGAACCAGUAAGGGACAAAUACUGCAGAAUCCAGUUCAGUGGGUUAAAGACGUACUAGGAAGUGAUAUUUCUGUGACAUGGAAGUAUGUAUGGAAUAAGGUUACAUAUCUUGGAACACAGUUGUCAAAAUUUCUUCUUGAAGAAGAAUCAGUUUCUAGUGACCUGGAAUUACCAUCACAAGACAGAGAGCCUUUAGGAAAGAAUUUUAUCAAAAGGGACCCCAGCAACCACAACCAACACCAUCAGAGUCCUGGUACUGUCUCCGUUGCUCAGCCUCUUGGGAGCUUUGACCUGAGCAAUAUGCACCCAAAACCCCCAUCCUUGCCACAAACAGAACUUGUGAAAACAUUGCAAUGUGCUGAAAGAGAAGCAGCUGUUACCAGGAAAUUUAAGAGCUCUUCUGUCCAGUUCAACUCAGUGGGAAGUCUGACACAUUUUCUUCAAUUCCACGAGAGAGUAGUGGUAUGUAAAGAGGAGUUUCUACCAUGCCCUCUAAUGGAAAAGCACUGGAGUUUCUACAAAGGAUGUGAAGAUUUUGGUUUCUAA